UGUUUUUAAGUUGUUGUGAAACGUGUCUAGAAUGUUACUACACUAUUUUAUUUUUCGACGGAUUGUCCCGCCAUUCGAUGAUCAUAUUUCUCAUAAUAACGUUCUCUCAUUGGUACAUUUUGGAUCACCUGAACAGUUCAACCUAUGAAAAGCCUUUACGUAAUUUCGCAUGAAGUAAUUACUACAUGAAACAAAAAAAUAAAAAAUAAAAUAACGUUAUGUUUUUUAAUAGAUCACAAGUUUUAUAAAUGAAAAAUAAAACAAAUAUUUUUACGAAAUAUUAAAUAUGAAAAUGUAAAAUACAAAUUAUUACCUAUGUCACGUGACUACAUAAUUAAUCAAAUGGAACGAAUCAAAACGAUGCAAAUAAUUCAUAUGAUUUUUUAGCCGGUAUAACCUAUUUUGUAUAAAAUGUUUAGAAGAAAUUGUAUAUAGUAUAUCGAAAAUAUUAUUCGUUAGAAUGGUCUAAAUAUAAUAAUUAAAAUAAGGAAAUGUACUUAUUAAUUUGAAAAUAUUUAAUUUUUUUACGACAUGAGUGCCACAGAAAUAAAAUAUAAGUUCGAACGAGAAAUAGAUUGUAAACAAGGUGCAGUACGAUCAGUUCGAUUCAGUGUUGAUGGAGAAUACUGUUUGACAUGUGGAUCAGAUAGAAAGAUAAAAUUAUGGAAUCCUUACAAAGCUACAAAUUUAAAAGUCUAUGGAGGACAUGGAGACGAAGUAAUGGAUGCUUGUGCAUCUUGCGAUAGCAGUCAAAUAAUAUCUUGUGGUUUAGAUAAAUCUUUAAUUUUAUGGGAUGUAAGUACUGGAACUCCUGUUCGGCGGUUAAGAGGGCAUGCAGGUCCUGUAACAACUGUAAGAUUUAAUGAAGAAUCAUCAAUGGUUGUUUCUGGAUCUCGAGAUAAUGCUGUUAUGUGUUGGGAUGUACGAUCUAAAUCAAUAGAACCUGUGCAAUGUUUGAAUGAGGCCAAAGAUUCAAUUUCUAGUGUUAGAACUUCUGAUCAUGAAAUUUUAUCAGCAUCGUUCGAUGGGAAAAUACGAAGAUAUGAUAUUCGUGUUGGUCAAAUGUAUUCGGAUUACAUGAAAGAUGCAGUGACAUGUGCUAGUUUUACAAGGGAUGGACAAUGUAUCGUGGUUAGUUGUGCAAGUGAUGUAGUACGUUUGAUUGACAAAGAUACUGGAGAAUUACUUGGUAAAUUUACUGGACAUACAGCUAAAGAUCUGUGCUUAGAAUCAAGUGUAGAUUCUCAAGACACACAAAUUCUUUCGGGCUCUGAAGAUGGUAAAUUAUGGGUGUGGGAUUUGGCAACACAAACAGUUGUUGCAAAACUUUCUGGAUACAGACCAUCGAAAUACCCUACUUUAUCUAUAAAUGUUCAUCCAACUAAAAAUUGUUUUAUAGCCGCAAAUGGCUAUAGUUUAUUAAUGUGGACUGCAGAAUCUACUAAAAAUUAAAUAAGCCUUCGUCGACCGUUUAAUGUCAACAAGAAACAACAAUAGAUUAACCUUCCGAGUAACAACGUUCAGUUUCUCUUCGUACUCCGAGGAGUUCACAUCGAAAUACUCUCUUCUCGCGCAACUACAUUUUAUCAUUUUAUAGUAUCGAUAAUUUUAUAAUUAUUUAUACAAAUUUUUAAAUUAUUCAGCAGUCGGAGUACGAUCUAGUAAUAAUUAAAUAAUAGUAUAUUCCGCAAAAUAUCGCAUAGCUCUUAAGACGCGUUAUACAUAUAAUAAUUUUCUUUCAGCCUUCGUCGAUCGUUUAAUGUCAACAAGAAACAACAAUAGAUUAACCUUCCGUAUUACAACGUUCAGUUUCUCUUCGUACUCCGAGGAGUUCACAUCGAAAUACUCUCUUCUCGCGCAACUACAUUUUAUCAUUUUAUAGUAUCGAUAAUUUUAUAAUUAUUUAUACAAAUUUUUAAAUUAUUCAGCAGUCGGAGUACGAUCUAGUAAUAAUUAAAUAAUAGUAUAUUCCGCAACAUAUCGCAUAGCUCUUAAGACGCGUUAUACAUAUAAUAAUUUUCUUUCAGCCUUCGUCGAUCGUUUAAUGUCAACAAGAAACAACAAUAGAUUAACCUUCCGAGUAACAACGUUCAGUUUCUCUUCGUACUCCGAGGAGUUCACAUCGAAAUACUCUCUUCUCGCGCAACUACAUUUUAUUAUUUUAUAGUAUGGAUAAUUUUAUAAUUAUUUAUACAAAUUUUUAAAUUAUUCAGCAGUCGGAGUACGAUCUAGUAAUAAUUAAAUAAUAGUAUAUUCCGCAACAUAUCGUAUAGCUCUUAAGACGCGUUAUACAUAUAAUAAUUUUCUUUCAGCCUUCGUCGACCGUUUAAUGUCAACAAGAAACAACAAUAGAUUAACCUUCCGAAUUACAACGUUCAGUUUCUCUUCGUACUCCGAGGAGUACACAUCGAAAUACUCUCUUCUCGCGCAACUACAUUUUAUUAUUUUAUAGUAUCGAUAAUUUUAUAAUUAUUUAUACAAAUUUUUAAAUUAUUCAGCAGUCGGAGUACGAUCUAAUAAUAAUUAAAUAAUACUAUAUUCCGCAAAAUAUCGCAUAGCUCUUAAGACGCAUUAUACAUAUAAUAAUUUUCUUUCAGCCUUCGUCGAUCGUUUAAUUUCAACAAGAAACAACACUAGAAUAAGCAUGCGUCAAUUUUGUUUCGUACUCUGAGCAUGAUACAUCGAGAUACUCUCUUUCUAUAUUACUACAUUUAAUCAUCUUAUAGAAUCGAUGAUUUAAUAAUUAUUUAUACAAUGUACAAUGUAUUCGUAGUACAGAGAAAUAUUAUUUUGAAUAUAGAUUUUUAUUUUUGUCAGAUGUAUUACUAUGUUUAUUACACAUAAAAACAUAGUAGUUUCUCAAU